AUGGUACUGCUCACUCGCUCCCUCCACCGUCUGGCAUCCCACGCGGUGACCAGGUCCUCGCUGCAUUCAGCCGCACGAGCGACUGCAUCACCCUCUGUCUUAUUCCGUGGAGCGCAAGCCCUCCGUCACAAUAAUCUUGGAAGUAUAAGAAUGCUAACGGGCCAACGUGAAAAGGUCAAGGUUCUUCUUGUAUUGUACGAUGGCAAGGACCACGCAAAGGAUGUCCCAGAACUUCUAGGCACAACAGAGAACGAGCUGGGUAUCCGCAAAUGGCUCGAGGACCAAGGACACACUCUGGUCACCACCUCUGACAAGGACGGCGAGAACUCCAAGUUCGACCAGGAGCUGCCCGACGCUGAGAUUAUCAUCACUACACCAUUCCACCCAGCUUACCUUACCGCCGAACGCCUAGCAAAGGCAAAGAAGCUCAAGAUUGCCAUUACCGCUGGUAUCGGCUCCGACCAUGUCGAUCUGAAUGCUGCCAACAAGACCAACGGAGGUAUCACCGUCGCGGAGGUCACGGGAUCCAACGUUGUAUCAGUCGCCGAACACGUCCUCAUGACUAUCCUCGUCCUCGUCCGAAACUUUGUCCCCGCACACGAGCAAAUCCAAGCCGGUGAGUGGGAUGUUGCCGGAGCUGCCAAGAAUGAGUUUGAUCUCGAGGGAAAGGUUGUCGGCACUGUUGCUGUUGGCCGAAUUGGUGAGCGUGUCUUGAGAAGAUUGAAGCCAUUCGACUGCAAGGAGCUGCUGUACUUCGAUUACCAACCAUUAAAGCCUGAGGUCGAGAAGGAGAUCGGCUGCCGGCGUGUCGAGAACUUGGAGGAGAUGUUGGCACAAUGUGAUGUUGUCACUAUUAACUGCCCUCUGCACGAGAAGACUCGUGGUCUAUUCAACAAGGAGUUGAUCUCUAAGAUGAAGAAGGGCUCAUGGCUCGUCAACACCGCCCGUGGUGCUAUUGUUGUCAAGGAAGAUGUUGCCGAUGCCUUGAAAUCCGGCCAUCUCCGCGGCUACGGUGGUGACGUCUGGUUCCCUCAACCAGCACCCAAGGAUCACGUCCUCCGUUACGCAAAGAACCCAUUCGGCGGCGGAAACGCCAUGGUUCCCCACGUGUCCGGCACAUCUCUCGAUGCACAGAAGCGCUAUGCAGAUGGCACUAAGGCUAUCCUCCAGAGCUACCUCAGCGACAAGCACGACUACCGCGCCGAGGAUUUGAUCGUGUACAAGGGUGAUUACGCAACCAAGUCUUAUGGUCAGCGGACAAAGCAGUAA